AUGGUUGCUACGUCGCGACUUGUUGGGGCAUGCAUUGCCUUGACAUCUCAAAUGGUUAGCUCCGCAGCUCUUCCCCCGAAGGGUUGCCCGGCUCAAAAUCAUGGUGGCAUUCCGAUGCCUAAAGAAUUCCAAAGAUACCAACAGAAAUAUCGGGAAAAUCUUCUUGCAGUACUGCCAACCGGAAAGUGCACCGAAGAAACGAUUGGUAUUCGCAAAUCAUGGGAUGAGAUAGACGAUAAUACUAGAUUGGGCUACAUUCGAGCCGUCCAUUGCCUUGCAUCAAAACCUGCACUGACAGAUAGGCGCCUUGCACCAGGCGCAGUCAAUCGCCUUGAUGACUUCACGUAUAUUCACAUCAACCAAACAAACAUUAUCCACGGAUCUGGGUACCUACUGCCAUGGCAUCGCAUCUUUCUUACCCAAUUCGAGACCGCUCUCCGUGAGGAAUGUGGUUAUGAAGACUAUCUACCAUACUGGGACAACGCGCGAUUCUCAGAGGACCCAUUACGCUCUAAGGUAUGGGACGGCUCAUCUUCAUCGAUGGGCGGCAACGGCCUCUAUCUGAAGAAUGACCACGGCCCAUAUCAUGAGAUUCUUCCCGGAGUCGGGAAUGGUAACUUCACCCUUGCGAUGCCCGCAGGUAGCGGUGGAGGUUGUGUCCAGGAUGGUCCGUUCCAGAAUUUUACCAUUAGCCUUGGGCCUGUCGCAAAGGAAAACAUCGAUCUCACCAAUAAGUAUGGCUACAAAGCAAACCCUCGAUGCUUGUCCCGGAAUUUCCAUGUCAAAUCCAGCGAAGGCAUUCUCACGUGGGCGAACGCAACCAAAAUCGUAACAUCACCCACCAUACAUGAACUUCGUAUCAACAUCGAGUCGCUGUGGCACAAGAACUCACACACAUUCAUCGGAAAAGAAGGUGCUGAUCCAUUCAGUACUACAAACGAUCCUGCCUUCUACCUUCUGCACGCCCAGAUCGACCGGCUUUGGGCGAUUUGGCAGGGUCAGGAUCUAGAAUCGCGGACUUAUGCAAUUGAUGGAAAUCGCACUUUCUUCGGUCUGCCGUUGGACUAUGCGCCUGAUGUACCACCGUCUUUGGCGACUAUUUACGAUCGUAUGGAUAUGGGUCUUGGGUUUACGCCUCUGACUUUAGAGGGCAUGCCCAUGACUGAUCAUGACAGUUGUUUUGUGUAUCAGUGA